AUGAGUCAUUCAAACGAAACUUUGGUAAAUUCAAUUGCUAAUUUUUCAUUAAAUUGUUUAAUGCAAUUGAAAAGUAAUGAUGAGUACACUGUUUUUUCUCCAAUGAGUUUGAUUGUAGCCCUUAGCAUGGCUUAUUCAGGUGCUAAAGAUAAGACAAAACAAGAAUUUCUUAAAAUUCUUAAUGUAAAAAAUGAAAAUAACGAAAUUCAUGAACAUUUUUUUGAUCUUAUUAAAUCAUCAAAAGAAAUUCCUCAAUACAUUGAGUUAAUAGUAAAAAUGGCUAAUAAAAUUUAUAUAAAAAAUGAUUUUGAAAUUCUUGAAUCAUACAAAAACUUAUUAUCAAAAUAUUAUGAUGGACAAUUUGAGAGUAUUGACUUUAAUCAAAGUGUAAAUGCAGCUAACAAAAUUAAUUCAUUCGUUUCUGAAGCAACAAAUGAUAAAAUAAAAGAUAUUAUUUCAAGUGAUGCUAUAAGUGGAAUGACAAGAAUUAUACUUGUCAACUGUUUGUAUUUUAGUGGAGAAUGGAGAAAGGCAUUUAAAGAUUAUAAUACAUGUGAAGAUUUCUUUUAUAAAAAUGAAAAUUCUAGUAAAAAAAUAAAUUUCAUGAAACAAACUGAGUUCCAUAUGUUUAGUGAAAAUGAGGUUGCACAACUUGUAACUUUAGAUUAUACAUAUGAUAAAUUUAAAUUUGGCAUAUUAUUGCCUAAAAAAAAAUAUGAUAUUUCCAAUGUUCUUAAUGAAUUGAGUGGAGAAAAAUUAUUAAAUUUAAUUAAUAAUGCAUCAUGUCAAAGUGUUGAAAUUACCAUUCCGAAAUUAAAAAUUGAAUCAACUUUUAAUUUAAAUGAUUGCUUAAAAACCUUAGGUUUAAAAUAUGGAUUUUCUGGUGAGGCUAAUUUUAGUGGAAUAACUGAAAAUGGUCAACUUUUCAUUUCUAACGUUGUUCAAAAAGUUUUUAUUGAUGUUAAUGAGAAAGGAACUGAAGCUGCAGCUGCAACUGGAGUAAUGAUAGAAUUAUUGUCAGCCAUACAAACUCCAGAAAAUCCAAUUAUUUUUAAAGCAGAUCAUCCAUUCUUCUUUUUCAUUCUUUAUGACAACAAGCAUAUUUUGUUCAACGGUAUUUAUAUGUAA